AUGAUCAAGUCCGUCUCGGCCCUUCCCUACUACGAGUUGUCUGAGCAGGAGCUGGCCCUGAUCGCCCCAACCCACUACUACCCGGACCUGUUCGACGAGCCGAUAUACUCGUCCGACGAGUUCCGGAUGUACGGGUUCAAGGUCAAGCGGUGCCCCAGGUUGCGGAGCCACGACUGGACCCAGUGUCCGUUCGCGCACCGCGGCGAGAAGGCCCGUCGCAGGGACCCGCGGCGGUACCACUACGAAGCGGUGGCCUGCCCGGACUUCCGCAACAACGUGUGCCGCCGCGGGGACGCGUGCCAUUACGCCCACGGGGUCUUCGAGUAUUGGCUCCACCCCACCAAGUACCGCACGCGCGCGUGCAAUGCUGGCGGGCUCUGCCAGCGCAGGGUGUGUUUCUUCGCCCACUCGCCCCACGAGUUGCGUGACGACGACAAGUACCAUUGCUUUUGCGACUUGGGGCCCGACGGCGGAGUUCCGAUGGUGGGAGCCGUGCCAUCGGCCACAGCGAUACCCUUUGUGCCGGCGGAGAGGGCUGCAGUGGGUGGUGGUCGUGGCCGCAGAAGUGGCGGUGGCGGGAGUCCGGAUUUUCUGGCGAGUUUGAGUGGGUUGACCAUAAGGGAAGGGGAUGGGAAUGGGAGUGGGAUUUUCCGGUGGGGAGGGUGGGAGCCCGCGGAGACCGCGGCAGCGGCGGCGGCAGAGGGGCCGGAUAUCGAGUGGAUAACGGAUAUCAUGGAGUAA